AGUGAGUAAUUCACAUGGGUGAUGAUGGAUCACUGAGAUGGUAGGAGACAAACCUCUGUGAAGCUACCGUUCUGUGCGAGGUUUUUGGGUAUUUUACCCAACCUGGAGGUCUGUGAUGAGAGGAUGCCCUGGGUGUGGAAUGGUGGCUAUUCUCUCAAAAGUUAAUAGGAGAUUUUGGCGAUUCUUUCUGUAGUGUUAUUGCGUGUUUUAUUGGAUAUCGCAACAAUCACAAAGUAAAAAUGGUGUUUAGUUCAUCUUCUGAUGGGCGAAGUAUCAUUCGCUUCGGUACUUUAAGUCAUGGCCUUACUGUUUCUGCAACAAUUUCCGCAGAGUGCGAGAUGUGGACAUGAAGCAUGACUUUGCAUUCAUUGAAUUUAGUGAUCCUCGUGAUGCUGAUGAUGCAAGAUACAGCUUGAAUGGGCGGGACUUUGAUGGAGGUCGUCUGUUGGUGGAAUUUGCUAAGGGGACUCCCCGUGGGCCUGGAGGUUCCCGGGAGUAUCUAGGAAGGGGCCCUCCUCCUGGAUCUGGUCGAUGCUUUAACUGUGGGCUUGAUGGUCACUGGGCAAGAGAUUGCAAGGCUGGCGACUGGAAAAACAAGUGUUACCGCUGUGGAGAAAGAGGCCAUAUAGAAAGAAAUUGCCAUAACAGUCCUAAAAGUCUCAAGCGUGGACGGAGUUACUCAAGGUCACUUUCUCCUCGGCGUGGUAGGAGCCGCAGUCGAAGUUAUAGCCGUGGUCACAGUUACAGUCGAUCCAGAUCUCCUCCAAGGAGAGGUGGGCGUAAACGUGAGAGAUCAAGGAGCCCUAGCUACAGCAGGAGCCCAAAGCCAAGGAAGAUGUCUCCACCUUCUGAAGAGCGGAAGCGAAGCCUCUCUCCUGCCAGUAGCCAGAGCCCACGAAAGCAGCUGAGCCCUUCGCCAAAUGGAGUCAAAGAAACUGAGCGCAAUGGAUCAGAAUACAGUGGAAGCCCUAUGAGGAAGGAGAAUAGCCCGAGUCCUAGAAGCUCGCCCGUGCACAGGAGGUCUGUGAGCCCGGAGACUAAUGGAAGAGGCGCCAGCCCCGUGGAUGAUGAAGACAACCAUGAUUCUCCACAAGACUGAUGAUCUGCUCAUAGAAUGGAAUAAUCAGCGUGCUGUCUUUUAUUAAUAUAUCUUCUUUUAUGUACUAUUGACUAUACUGUCCUUUUUGAAUUGCAAACAUGCUGCUUGUUCACAUUCAAGUACUUCCUUGGUGUUGUGCUGUUGAGAUUGUGAUGUGGAAUUUGAUGUUGAUGCAUUAUUAUGAUCUGGGGUUUGCUUUCUGGCUUC